AUGUCUCAAACUGCUAUCACUUCAUUUUAUAAUAGUAGAAAAAGACCUGCACCUGAAGACAUUGUAAGUUCUAAAAGUAAAAUUGCACAUUUAGACCAAACAUCUUUAAAAUGUAUCAAGACAGUUCGCAGAGGCUCUCUUAACCAGGAAGAACCAAAUUCUAAACUAACCGAAAUCACCGAACAUGAGGAAAAAAGUGAAGAACCUCAAUCACGCCAUAAAGAAAUACAGAUACAAGAAAAAAAUGUGACGGCAUUUGCGAAAAAAAAUAAUAAUACCAAGGUACGAAAUCUAGAGAUUGAUCCAUCCAAAUCUGAGCCCUCGAAUUCAAUAAAAUCAGCACGAAAAGAACUGAGCUUAGGUGAUCUUAAAAAGAGGUUAGCUGGCAGCUCUAGACUAGCUGAAUUGCGAGCAUCAGCUGACAGAAUUAGUAAAGGAAUUCAACAACUUAAAGAGGCAACUGACAAGAAAAACCUCAAAGAAUUUAAACAUAUUGAUGUGGAAGUCCCUUCAAGUCCAAGUAAGAGAGGUUUAAAAAAUGAGUUACAGUCACCUACAAGUGAUUUUAAACAGCCUUCAAACAUCGAGAAAGCACUAAUUUCUCCAAGGAAGGUAGUUGUAAGCCCAGUCAAGAGUCCUAGUAAGGUACCCGCUUACAUCAGGCAUGCAUCUUUGGCUACAUCAUCUAGCAGCUUGCCACUGCCUCAUCAAUAUAGAUUCCUAGCAGAACUGUUCCGUGGUAUGGAGACUGUUGUUGCUCUUCUUUAUAACAGGAAUGAAAAAAUCACUUUUGCCAAGUUAAAGCCUUCUGUUCAAGAAAUGUUGAAGAGGAAUUUCACUGAAAGACAUCUGGCCCAAAUUAAGAACUUGGUUCCAGACUUCUACAAUUUUGAAAUUCAAAAGAUAAAACAAUUCAGCACUUCUCACAAAGAAUCCUAUGAACUGAUUAUCUCUCCAAACUUUCCCAAUGAUAUUAAAAACAUGAACCCCACUGUGCUACUAGAGAGGCGUCGUUACUUUUAUGAUACAUUACUUAGACUUGUAAAAAAGUAUCAUGCUCAAUAUUUGCUGACUCUGGAUCCUCCAUUGGUGAUUCCUGAAGACAAACUUACUCGCUGGCACCCUGAGUUUGAAAUUGAGAAAGUGCCAGAAGUGGAAUGUGCCAAACUUCCAGAAGCACCAACUGUGGAAAAAUUUUCUUCAGCUCAAGAUGUGUUGGCUAAAGCUAGGGAGUUAUUCAAAUGUAACACAAAAAUGGAAAGGGCCCUAGAGAAGCUGGCUCAAGCGAAAGCUCGCGGAUUAACUGAAGAAGAAAAAUCGGUAACAGGUAUAACAGAUGCUAACCAAAGUAAACAAAAUAAUGUCACCACUCAAACUAAUGUACCAAGUACAGCUGGAGUGACUAUUUUAAAUCCUGCAUUGAGGAACUUACCAGCUUCUUUGUUAGAGAAAGUGAAAGCAAAACAAGCCGCCAAAGCCCUUGAGGCUAUGACCAGGUCAUCAGAAGACGAGAAAAAGUAUUUCAUUUACUGUCGCCUCCCAGACCUAGCUAGGACAUUGAGAAACAUUUUUGUGACAGAACGUAAAAAUGUUCUAGCCUUAAAUAUUAUUCUCUCUAAAUUAGAAAGUAGCUUUAAAUCGAAUGUAUCCGCAAGUGACCUUCACAAAGAUAUUAAACUGCUAACUGAGGAAGUUCCCGAAUGGAUUAAAUUACAUGAUGUAAGAAAUACAACAUAUCUUAAGCUUGACAAGACUGCAGAUUUAAAAUCUAUCAUCUCUAAACUUGAGGUUUCUAUCCAAAAAUACAAACUUGACUGA